GGCGCCGCACGCUCGCUCGCCUCAAAAUAUACAAUGAAAACCAGAUUAUAAACAAAUACAUGUACACAAAAACAUGUAUUAACAAGGAGAACUAAGGAUAGUUCAUUGAAAUAGUGUUAAUCGUAAAAUGAAAGUGAAACUAUAAGUGCAGUGACCGUUUCAAUAUGUUGAGCGAAAAAUGGAAAGUCAUUCUUAUACUGGCUACGUCUGUGGUCGCGGGCGAAUCGAGCCGCGCACUAAGUCUAGUACGGAACCCUUAUAGCCCUAUCUUCAUCCCUAAAUACAAACCUAAACGCUCUAGAGUUUUAUUCUUAGACGACCAUGAAAAUUACCAGCCAGUUGGACGGGGCGAGAUAGACUUGACAGUAGAAAAAGUGAAUUCGAAAAUCAAAUUUGACGACGCUAGCGAUUACGAUUUCACUUCACCUGACAAAGCUGAAUUGUCGGGAAACGAGCGUUUUUACGAGCCUCGAUUGCAUCCAUUCCAAUAUCCUUUAUACCAAGGAAGAUUUGGAAGAUACGCGCCUAACUUCGAGCCUACAGUGCCUUACGCGCCUUUUGCGCCUGCCGUUCGUAAUUUUUACAACACUGGCUGGAAGGCGCGCAGUCCGAGAGUAGUCUUUCCGUAUAGUGAUGUGAACGCUGUUCAUACGAACUCGCACGCCGGGCCAGCGUUUAAUGACAACGUUGUGUUUCGGGACAGUUUGAACGACGUGGGAGAGAACGAGUUAGCUCUGCAGGAAGACAACAGUGGAGAUGCUUUCGCGGAGAGAGAUGCCAACGACCACGAAGCUCUCGUCCAAAGAAUGGAUUUUAAAAAACGAACGCUCUCAAAACCCAUGUUCGUCCAAACAGAAAUAAAAAGGCCAUACAAAAGAAACUAUAUUUCGAACUCAACCGAAAUCCUGCCAGAAUUUAAGCCAAUCACAGACGAGCAGAUGGCUCGCAUGCGCGAUAUAUUAAAAGACAUUAGUACAAAAACAGUGCCAGUUACAAGUACAAUUAGAAAAGGUAGAAUUCUGACGGAUUCAAUAGAACCUCAGAAAGAGGACCGACAAGACGAGAAAAACUGCUCGCAAGGGGGGACUUGUGAGUUUUUUUUUUACUGCUGGAUGGUAGGUGGCCUGCUCGAAGGAUCCUGCGGGGGAUUGCUUAAGGGAUGCUGCCACAGAGUCGCGAAGGCUGGGAUCCUGGGCGUCCAGGAUUCGAACAGUAUUGAGUUUUCGGGGGAGAGUUAUGGGCCUGUCAUAAAUGAUGAAAGCUGCGGCAUAGCUGUCGGUAAGCAGACGGCGCAGCGUCGAAUCGUCGGCGGUGACGACGCCGGCUUUGGAACAUUCCCGUGGCAAGCGUACAUCAGGAUCGGAUCCUCCAGAUGCAACAUGCUUAUGUCGAUUUUCGAGCUUAUCGGCUGGAAGCAGUGUUGGAUAGAGAGAUGCGGUGGCUCCCUGAUCUCGCGUCGCCACGUGGUGACAGCGGGACACUGCGUGGCGCGUGCGCAGCCGCGUCACGUGCGCGUGACGCUUGGCGACUACGUGAUAAACUCGGCGGCGGAACCGCUCCCGGCGUAUACGUUUGGCGUGCGCGGGAUUAAAGUGCACCCGCUGUUUAAAUUUACGCCGCAAGCGGAUCGGUUUGAUGUCGCAGUGCUGACAUUAGACAGAAAUGUUCACUACAUGCCUCAUAUAGCCCCAAUCUGUCUCCCAGAACGCGGCAGCGACUUCCUAGGACAGUACGGGUGGGCGGCCGGCUGGGGAGCCCUGAGCCCCGGCUCCCGGCUGCGACCUCGGACGCUGCAAGCUGUCGACGUCCCUGUGUUGGAUAAUAGGGUGUGUGAGCGGUGGCAUCGAGCUAACGGCAUAAACGUGGUAAUCUACCCCGAGAUGCUCUGCGCCGGCUACCGCGGCGGCGGCAAAGACAGUUGCCAAGGCGACAGCGGAGGCCCACUAAUGCUAGAGCGAGCCGGCAGAUGGUACCUCAUUGGUGUCGUCUCAGCUGGCUACUCUUGCGCAAGUCGGGGACAGCCUGGGAUAUACCAUAGGGUAGCACAUACGGUCGAUUGGAUCAGUCAUGCUACUACGCUCUCUUAGGGCCUCGUGGAGUCAUACAAGGUUAAAUAAAAAGACCGUUCAAACUUUGCAUAGAAAGAAAGAAAGAAGAAAUUUAUUCAGAAAACGCUCAAAUUAGGUAUUACAUAGACAGUAAUUUAUUGUUAAGCGUCACUAAAAGGGUCUCCACUCAGCUUAAUGUCAAGAUAUCACUUAAGGAUCUCGACGCUGGUCUUCCGUGGAAACCCUUCCGAGAGAGUAAAGUGACUUUGGAGAUCAUAAUGAAGAACUUUUAUUAUGGGACUAAUGCUGACAUUGCGAAA